AUGUCAAAUAUUGAUGAGUUAGAGAGUUAUUUGGAUGAGAAUGGUUUUGUUGCAAAAGAAGAUGAUUUUAGGAUCAGAAAAUUAGCCAUAGAAACUGUUCAAUCACUACUCAAUGGUUGGGUUGAGGAAUUCUUUAAAGAAAAAGAUUUGAAUCUUGAUAGCAAGUCUUCAGUUUGUUAUGCAAAGUUAUUUGCAAGUGGAUCAUAUGCCAUGGGAUGCUUUUCUAAAAAUUCAGAUGUAGAUUUAGUCUGCCUGCUAUCAAAGCACUUCACACGUGAUUCUUUUUUUAAGGAUUUCAAAAUUUACCUUCAGAGAGAACCAGCUGUUAAGUGUGUUUAUGUUGACAUAUCUCUGGCCAUUGUGAACAGGGAAAUCCUUCCUGAAGAUUAUUUAGACGCAAAGUUGAUGAACUCAAUGGAUGAAAUUAGUAUCAAAUCUUACAUCGGUUUAAAAAGCGUCGACACGUUUCUGAAGUUAAUUCCAAAUAAGAAAAAAUUUGUCACAUUUCUGAACUGUAUUAAACUAUGGACCAAAAGAAAAGGUCUGUACUCAAAUACUCUUGGUUACUUGAGUGGGACAUCUUGCAGCAUACUGUGCGCCUACAUUUGCACGAAUUUUGAAAAUCUCGACGUGUUUCAAAGCAUUAAAAUGUUUUAUAAGGUUUUCAGCGAAUGGCCUUGGCCAGAGCCUGUAACCUUGACCUACGUACAAGAAGGUUCAUCUAAUCACCAAUCAUGGAAUCGCCACAUUGGCGGAGACCAAGUAAUGCCCGUCAUAACGCCAGACUUUCCACACAAGAACUGCACAUAUAAUGUCACGCUAGCAACUAAAAAAGUUAUUGUCAAGCAUCUCAAAGAUGCUCUUGAAGUUGUAAAAAAAAUUGAAAGAAGAGAUUCUAAUUGGGAUACAUUCUUCAAAAUGUCCACAUUCUCUGAAGAUUUCAAGCAAGGAUUGAUCGAGUCAAAAAUUCGAUAUUUUGUCAUCGAUUUAAGCAAGAACUCCAUGAUAAAAGAGCUGCAAGUGCAUCCAACUUCAUUCACUUACAGAAACAAGUUUGGCGAAUGCCUGACGAAAUGGUUAGUUGGGCUGCAGAUUGACACUUCAACAAAAUCUGUACUCGACAUACAAGCCGUUAUUAAACAUUUCAGAUAUUUUGUAAUGAAUAAGGCCAAACAGAAUGAAUGGUUUAAAGAGAGCAUGAUGAUUUUUGUUGAUAGCUUAAACGGCAAAGAAAUAAAUCCUGUGGAUUAUAUUCCAAACAAAUUGAAAGAUUUUGAACCCACUGGCAAAUAA